GGCUUUGCUUCAAUCUCAGGAGUGGAACGACUACAAGCUUCGCUGGACGCCGUCGGAUUACGACAACGUGACGUCCAUCAGGGUUCCCUCGCAACUCAUUUGGGUGCCGGACAUCGUCCUGUACAACAAUGCGGACGGCGAGUUCGCGGUGACCCACAUGACCAAGGCGCACCUGUUCCACACGGGCGCCGUGCGCUGGGUGCCGCCGGCCAUCUACAAGAGCUCGUGCAGCAUCGACGUGACCUUCUUCCCCUUCGACCAGCAGAACUGCAAGAUGAAGUUCGGCUCGUGGACCUACGACAAGGCCAAGAUCGACCUGGAGCGCCUGGAGACCUCGGUGGACCUGAACAACUACUGGGAGAGCGGCGAGUGGGCCAUCGUCAAGGCGGUGGGCACCUACAACACCAAGAAGUACGACUGCUGCCACGAGAUCUACCCGGACAUCACCUACCUGUUCAUCAUCCGCCGCCUGCCGCUCUUCUACACCAUCAACCUGAUCGUGCCCUGCCUGCUCAUCUCCUGCCUCACCGUUCUGGUCUUCUACCUGCCGUCCGACUGCGGCGAGAAGAUCACGCUCUGCAUCUCCGUGCUGCUCUCGCUCACCGUCUUCCUGCUGCUCAUCACCGAGAUCAUCCCGUCCACCUCGCUGGUCAUCCCGCUCAUCGGCGAGUACCUCCUCUUCACCAUGAUCUUCGUCACGCUCUCCAUCGUCAUCACCGUCUUCGUGCUCAACGUGCACCACCGCUCGCCCAACACGCACAAGAUGCCGCGCUGGGUGCACGCCGUCUUCCUGGAUCUGGUGCCCGGCUGGCUGUUCAUGAGGAGGCCGGCGCCCAACGCCAGGCGCCGGCGCUCGCUGGAGGAGAGGCGACGGCGGCGGACGCUGCGCCGCCGACGGGCGGCGGGCGUCAGCACCUCGGCCGGCUGGCGCGGGGACGCUCCCUCGCCGUCCCUGGGGGAUCUGGAGCUCGGGACGCUCACGUCCUAUUUCUCCUUCCGCCCGCCGUCGCCCCCGCAGAACGCCGGAAGUCGGGCCGAGAGCCCCCUGGGCCCAGUCCCCGCCCGGGACUUUGGGCUCUCGCCGGACGUCGUCCGCGCGCUGGAGGGAGUGCGCUACAUCGCCGACCACCUGAGGGCGGAGGAUGCCGACUUCAGCGUGAAAGAAGACUGGAAGUACGUCGCCAUGGUGAUCGACCGCAUCUUCCUGUGGAUGUUCAUCAUGGUUUGCCUGCUGGGCACCGUCGGCCUCUUCCUGCCGCCCUGGCUCGCCGGCAUGAUUUAGCUCUUCUAUCGCCAAAGCGUGCUGACGCAAGCGCGGCCGAAGAGACGCGACGGUCGGGCUCGUCCACGCCCGAUUUAUUGCGAUUCCCAGAGAUGCCAAAUUCUUUGCUAUUCCUGACUAAACGAGUAUUCUUAGAAAAUACUUGCAGUGAUGUGCAAUGAUUCCGAGUGACUCCUUCUUCAAAUCGCUUGGAUUGAAAACGGUUGAACGGAUUUACUUACGCUAAAAGCAGCUUUUGA